CUAUCAUCAAAUGCGACCACGACAUGCAAAAACAAUAAACUCGCUACGCUCACGCGUAGCGAGCUCGGCAUUGCAUACACAAUGGUCUCCCGCAGUCUCCCGCAUCGCGAGACCGCUAGCGACAACAUCGGCGCGCUGCCUCCCGCGUUCCGCGCGGACGCCUAAAGGAUCGCGCACGACCACCACAACAGCUGCAGAACAUGCGACCACGACUGAGAACGCCGCCGAUCCACCAGAAGAGGUUGAGGUGCCGGAGGGCGAUGAGCCAACGCCGCCCUCCUUUCCCGCAAUCGUCACCACGCUGACGACGCCGGGAACGCCGGGUGAACCCUUGCCAUCCGAGCACCAUGUUCUCUUCAAUCAUCUAGCGACAUCGUUUGUGCCCGCCAACCAGCCGUCAACGCCGAAAGACACUGGUCGCGAACGGCCGUCCAUUAUUGCCGAGGGUCCCCGCGGCGUGUUCCUGCCACAGGCGGGGCCACAUCACCACAAUCACUCCGAGGAGCGCCCUUCCAACUCCGCCAGCGAAGAUCCAGUUAUCGCGCUUGUCACGCCGUUUGAAGGUGGCGACGCGUACAUCGCGCGCGCAGUGCAUGAGGUCGCGAGCCACCUCUCGGCAGACGUUGUGCGACUUGACCUUGCGCUCGGCGUGGGCUUUGACGGGCCGUACGCCCCGCUCGCUGAGACGGGCAUCACCGCGCCGCCUAUGGCGCAGGCGAGUAACCCGCUCUUCCAGACUCCGCCUGCUGCCGAGCACGGGCACCAGAUGGUGGAGGAGGAGGAGGCUGGAGACGAAGAGGAACAGAACGGCAUGCCAGGCAUGGUGCGGAUCCCUCUGAUGGCGGCGAUCCCAGGGGGCUCGCCCUUCGGAAUGCCGGGGCCCACUCCGCGCCGCCCCGAGAAUGAGGAAGAGUGGGUUUCCUUCUUCUCGAGCCUUAUCAACAUGCAGACGGAGGGCGAGCAGGCGUCGACGCGCCGCCGCAUUAUCCUGCUUGAGUCGACCGCCGCGCUCGCCGAGACGCUUGACGUGUGGUGGCCUCACCUACUCGAGGCGGUGCGCCGGCGCCGCCGUCCGGUGCACAAGGGCAAGAAGAGCGAGACGCUGCAGCCUACUACGAUCGUCCUCUCCAUUCCGCCGAGCUUGCUACUUCCUCACACCGCGUAUAUGUCUGAGCCAGGGGGAGAAGCCGCUGCCGAGGAAGGCAGGGAUCGCCUCCGUUCGGUUGUCGAGGCGCUUGGCGCGACCGUCAGCACCAUCCAUGUCGAUGGCGGCGCGGACAAGGGUGAGGAGAAGCUCUGGUUCAGCAGCGAGGAACACGACGUUGAGGGUCGGCAGCGACGCGAGGAGCGCCGCCUCCGCGCCAUUCUCCACAACGGUGCCAGCGCGCUUCUCCCGUUCGGCGCCUCCUCGAACCAGCAACAGCAGCCAACUUCUCAUCCUAUUCUCGACAUGCUGAUGGGCCGCAACAAGAAGAACAAGGAGGACAGUGUAUCCGAGUCCAUUGUGUGGAAAACGCUUGCUAUCGUGCCCUCAACGCGUGACACGGCGCUUGAGCAGCACGAGCGCACGCGCCGCCGUCGCGCGCUCAACGCUGCGCUUAUGAUGCGCGCCGUCGGUCAGCUCGGCGCUACUCUUGACGAGCCGCUGUCAAUGCUGGAGGCCCCUGACUCGGCGCCACCGCGCGGUCGCCAGCGUCGCCUCCAACGCCUUAAGGAGCCCGACCCAGAGUGGAGCGAGCUCGUGAUCGGAUGGAAGGACGCCAUCGAUCUCGCGAGCACCGCUGUUGGCAAGGCUGCGGUCUCCGUGGAGCAGCCGACGGACAAGCUCGUACUCAAGUGGAAGGAUAUCCAGGAGGCGCGCGCGAUUGCGUAUGACCACGAACGCCAGGUCACCGACACAGUGGCGCAGUACCUCGCGGCAUCGGACAUUGCUCAGGCCAAAAUGCGGCAGAAGCAGUCCAAGGCACACGCGCCCACGGAUCCGGUUGUCGAGGCUCUGAAGAAGUCCAAGGAUCUGAACAAGCACGAGAAGCGGCUACUGUCGUGCAUCGUCGACCAGCAGAAGCUGGCAUCGUCGUCCUUCAAGGACGUCCACCUUCCGUUCAACACCAUCGAUGCGAUCCGCACGGUCAUCUCGCUUCCGCUGCUCUUCCCCGAGGCCUUCCAGGGCGGUAUUCUUAAGGAUCAUGUCACGUCUGGUGCGCUCCUCUUCGGUCCUCCUGGCACGGGUAAAACGUUGCUUGCGCGCGCGAUCGCUGCAGAGAGCGGCGCGCGCAUGCUGGCCAUCCAGCCGAGCGACGUCAACGACAUGUGGGUCGGUGAGGGCGAGAAGCUUGUCAAGGCUGUGUUCAACAUUGCCCGCCGCCUGUCGCCAUGUGUCGUGUUCAUUGAUGAGGUCGACUCGCUCUUCGGAGCGCGCAGCGCCCGCGACUCGUCCGGCGGCUCCAAGGCCCACAAUCAGAUCCUCACUGAGUUCAUGCAGGAGAUGGACGGUCUAAGCUCGGCCAACGCGAACCGCGACAAGCGCGUCGUCGUGCUCGGUGCCACCAACCGGCCCUUCGAUCUCGACGAUGCGGUCCUGCGCCGUCUCCCGCGCCGCCUCCUCGUCGACCUGCCGACGGAGGAGGACCGCAAGGCGAUCCUCAACAUCCUGCUGCGCAACGAGAAGCUUGCCUCUGACGUUGACAUCAACGCCAUCGCCAAGAAGACCGAGGGCUUCUCAGGCUCGGACCUGAAGCACCUCUGUGUGGCUGCCGCCCUCGCGGCCGUCAAGGAAAUGGUCGUCGUGCCGUGGAAGAACGGGCUGGCUGCCUCGUCAACGCCAACGCCAGUACCGACCUCGUCGCCUGGACAUGGGCCUGGCGCGCGCGAGGACCUGCCCAUCGCGGUGGAGGAGGAGGCCGCGAGCGAGGCGCACGAGCCCGUGACGGUCCCGCAGGCGCCGCAGGCCACCGCUGUCGACUUGACGGCAGGGAACUCGCCAGCGGCCAAGCUCGUGGAGGAGGCGUACUUGAAGCAGCUGGAAGCGCGAGCGAAGGACGAGGCGGACACGCGGGCGGCGGAGGCGGGCGUAGCUGAGGGCGCCCAGCCCACUCCCGAGACGGAGACUGAAUCUGCAACUAAGACGGAGGGCGCGGAGAACGCCUCCUCCGAGGCCUCAGCUGAGACUGCCCCGCGGCCAUCGUACGCCGACCGUGUCGUGCAUGCCAAGCACUUUGACACGGCGCUGACCGAAAUUCGGCCGUCGUCGAGCGAGGAAGGGACGCUGCCGGAGCUGCGCAAGUGGGCGGAGCAGUAUGGUGAAGGGGGGAAGAAGGCGGGCAAGAAGAGCGGGUUUGGUAAGGGCUUCGGCUUUGGCGAGCUGCCGCUCGAGAAGACCAAGGGGUUCGGCCGCGUCAAGGCCGACGAAUAGAUAUAGACGUAUCUCGCAUCUUGCAUUGCAUGAAGCAUCAUCACUUCCG